AUGGCACAGCGACUUCUUGAUCAAGACACAGUUGUCACAAUACAUCCAUAUCGCGCAAAUCCCUUCUAUCAAGCCACUCGCUGGGGCAAUAAAAGAAUGUUGAAUAUGCUUCUGGAGAGGGGACCAGAUAUUUAUGAAUUAGAUCUGCGCGGCACUGCGCCAUUGCAUCUUGCAGUGAGGAAUGGAUACGCGGAGUCUGUGCAGCUCUUACUCAAUUUGGGUGCAAACGCAAAUCUAAUGGGAGGCCAAUUCCGCUACAAUAAGGUCCCACCGCACUUCGUUCCAGGCAUUGGUGGAAAGCAAACAAUUCAGUUACUUGUUGGUAAGGGAACUGAUCUUGAAGCAAGGGAUCAUGAUGGGAAGACUCCGUUAUACAUCUCAUGCCAAAGCGGUGCCAUCGAAAACGUACGAUUGCUUCUCGAGAUUGGCGCUGAUACUUGGGUCAAGGAUGAUUGUGGAGGCACAUUACUUCAUGCGGCGGCUUAUUCAGGAAGUGAAGCAUUGAUGCGGCGUUUCCUAGGUGAAGGACUAGACUUCAAAGCAAAAGACAAUGCCGGAGAGACGGUGUUUCAUUCAUUCGCUGGCUGGAGGCCUCGAGCAGUUGCAAUACCAAUCAUCGAGCUACUGAUAUCUCUAAGAAGAGACAUCAACGAAAAAACCUCCGAUGAUUCGACAGCUCUGAUGGAGGGAGUCAGAUCACAAAAUCCCAAAAUGGUGCAGUUUUUAGUCGAGCAUGGAGCCGACCUAUACGCAAGAGACACCUUAGGCAGGACACCAUUGCAUUGGGCCACUUCUUACUGUGACUCGAACGACACCACAAGUGGCUUUGCAGAAACGAUCAGAGUAUUGAUUAAGACUGGUGUCAAUGUUAACGCUUGA